GCAAUUGCUGUUCGCACGCAAGUUUCGCUCAACGCUUCGAAGGAGCAGGGUGUGCGUGCAUCAUCGAACCGUCGCGGGAACCACCUUUUUCGUAGUGUUUUCGCGCCCACGAAACAUUGUCGCGAUCGCAGUGCCGUGCGCUGAAAGUGCAGCAAACGUUCGACCGAACGAGUGGUUUGUCGAGCGAAAAAAAGAGAAGUGGCUCGGCUAAUUGAGAAGUGGCGGGCCUACAAGAGGUUGGUGUGAAUAAUUUGUCCCACAUUAGAAGAUUACACCUGCCCGGGGAAAGGGGAAGUGGCACAAAACCGACGCGUCGACCGGCCAAUGAAGGCCCGAUAAUGGAAAUGGUUCUUGUGUGCGGUGCCGGUGAUUCUGUGGUGCGUUCCGUGUCGAGCAUUUCGGCCGCGCUGUUUGAUUUUCCCGGCGUUUAGUGUGCGACCGUGCAGGAGCAGGUGUGCUUUUGUCGGUGCGCUGGGAGUGCGUGCGUGAGUGUGAGUGUGUGUUUGUUUGUGCCUCGAUGCAAGAUGGCAACAUUCGGCGCAGUGAACGCAUCGAAGCGCAAUCCGGCCGAUCCGGAACCGCAUCAUCAACAGCAUCAGCAACAGCAACAACGCCAACCGGCAACGGGUGAAGUGCGAAGUGGUGGGAUGGAACCGAUGGGGUUGGGGGUGGGAUCGGGCCGUGUGCCCCAGGCAGAGGAAAACGCCAAAAAGUGCAAUGCCAAAGUGAGCGGUGCGUCGUUGGGCCGAAGAAAAGGCAGCGGCUGCGGGCUCGAGGGCGGCCGCAACGCCAAACCGUCCCACGGGGAGGCCCACGCGCCAUCGGCCCACUCGCUGAUCAACUACCUGUUCUAUCUCAUGUGCAUCACGGCGCUCGGGGCUACCGUGUACUCCAACCUGCGCCAAUCAUACGUAGAGGAUAAAUUAAGUAGUCUAGUUAGUUUCGAAGAACGGCUCAGCCUGCUCGAGGCGCAGAUGAGCGAUGUAUAUAGGAGGAUCACACUGCGCCGGAUGGACGGGUCGGGGGCGGUGGCCACCGACGGUACCGACCAGGCCAGCACCCAGGAGGAAAGCAUGUCCGAGGUGGUGCGGAAGAUUUCGCAUCAAAUCGCCGAGCUGCCGCGGAUGCGACGUGACCUGUCCGCGCUCAAGGUGUCCCGCAAGGAUCGACAGGCCGCGAUACAGCAGAUCGGCACUGAGUGCAUGUGUCCACCAGGACCCCCCGGACCACCUGGACCGCCAGGCAAAAGAGGGAAGCGGGGCAAGAAGGGAGACCCGGGCGAUCCGGGCGUGGAGGGUCCCACCGGUCCACCGGGCAAAAACGGACUACCGGGAAUCCGAGGACCGAAAGGCGAUCGAGGACUAAUGGGUCCGAUAGGUUUGGACGGACCAAAAGGCGAACCGGGUCGACCGGGCGACAAGGGCUCGAAAGGUGAAGUUGGCGCACCUCCGAUAGACGUGUUCCAGACGGUGAAGGGAUUAAAGCGAUCCGUAACGACACUGCGCGGUGGCUCGUUAGGCUACGCGGAAAUCGUAGCCGUGAAGGGCGAACCGGGAGAGCCGGGACCGCCGGGACCGCCCGGUCCACCGGGUGCGACGGGUGCGAUAGGUCUGGACGGACGUCAAGGACCGCCGGGAGAUCCAGGACCGAAGGGCGAUCCUGGUCCGCCGGGUGAGAAGGGUCCGGUCGGUAACCCGGGAACGCCGGGACUUCCGGGUGCGAAGGGCGAUCGGGGCGACAAGGGUGAUCGGGGGCUAACGACACACUUCAAGGGCGAUCAGUUCCCGGCCGGCAUAAUUGAAGGUCCACCAGGACCGCCAGGACCUCCUGGUCCACCGGGAGAAAAGGGUGACCCAGGACCAGAAGGACCGCCAGGACCGCAAGGCGAGAAAGGACCGCGAGGCAAGCGUGGCAAACGGGGACCCGGCAAGGAUGACGAUUACGACGAAGCGACACUGGCACAGUUCCGUGGCCCUGUAGGCCCACCAGGACCGCCCGGACCACCUGGACGCGAUGGAACACCCGGCACCAAGGGUGAAGCAGGUGAAGUGGGAGCUCCGGGAUCGCUUGGACCGCGCGGUCUGGAUGGAAUGCCGGGAGAACCAGGUAUUGAGGGUCCUCCUGGAUUGCCGGGAUAUCAGGGCCCUCCGGGCGAGAAGGGCGAUCCAGGCGAUAUCGGACCUCCAGGACUUAUGGGGCCGCCUGGUUUGCCGGGUCCACCGGGCUACCCAGGAGUAAAAGGCGACAAAGGAGAUCGAGGAGAUUCCAAGUUCCGGAAAAUGCGACGGCGACAAGAUCACGAAGGCAUGGCCGACGAACCGUAUCGGGAUGUUGUGUAUGGACCGCCGGGACCACCGGGACCACCGGGUCCACUCGGACAUCCGGGACCACCGGGACCGCGAGGCUACGAUGGCAAGAAGGGCGACCGAGGCGAAAAAGGACAGAAGGGCGAAUAUGGACCUAUGGGAUUACCGGGUCCAAUGGGAAUGCGUGGAGAUUCCGGUCCAGUGGGCCCUGUGGGCAAACCAGGACAUCCGGUCUGGGAGUAUUAAUAAGGCUUUCUAAUACGCUGACUUACCAUAAAACGGAAUCGGUUUGACCUCGUUACAUUUGAACGCUUGGUUUGAACGCAUCUUUGUUAUAGUGUUAAAAUAAUAAUGUCCUCAGCCAGUGGUGGUGGUUUAAACAUGAACGAACGUACGAAUGGCUUCUACAAACACACGCACACACACGAACACACAUGCCGACAAACAAGUGUGAAAAGGAUCAGAAUGGCGGCAGCUAUAUUUGUUCAAGCAUUCUUGAUUUAACUUAAGCUUAAUUCCUCUUUAACUUAAUUCUAGAUCAAAGUUGGCGAUAAAGAGAGAAAAUCCAUCUAUUGAAGGAUCAUAUUCCUUUUCCUUUAACUCUCCAUCUAACCUAGUAAUGCUUAACAUGUUGAUUCUACUACAUUUCAAUGGUUUCAUUCACUCCAAUCGAUUGAUGCAAUUAGUGCAAAGAUAAUUAAUUCAAUUACGUUCAACAACAAAUAAAAACGACACACCACAAAAAAACAGCCAUCUUAAGGUGACCGAAAUCUAAAAACGAAGCUAAUUUCAGCAAGCAAAACAUUCAUUGCUGUAUUUUUUAUAGAUGUUUACAUAAAAGCAUUAGCAUCGUUUAAGGCACUUCCAUUGGGAGCUAUCAAUGAUCCUUCGAACGGGAAUUGAUGCUUCCCAGCAGUGAAACGUGAAUGCAUUAAGACUUCCCAGCCUAAUAAUCCAUCCAACCCUUACGUACAUAAGAUGGAUAAUGUUGUUGAUACUGAAAAAUUGGAGUUUAAAUUCUAAGUUACAUCGUCUGCUCAACUAUCCUGUCUAUUGUUGUGGUGUGUGCAUAAGCUUCUUACCUUACGGUUUAGCAUUUACUUUACCUUAAAGAUCGUUCUCAUGUUCCUCUCAUUCGUUCUAUCCGUGUGUAUUGCUUGUGUCAGUUAAAAGUGUCAAAUAUUGCCUUUCAAACAUCUACACGUGCACAAUGAUAGGAUUGCAACGAUGAAGCAGCGCAGAUAAGUCUUAAUCUCUUCGAUUCCGAUCCAACACUUUCCCCCUUUUUGCGCUCAUCGUGCAUAGACGUUGGAACACACACAAACAUACACACGUACACAAACCAGAACUUAAACCAUACAUAUCUCCCAUUGAAGUUAAGCGGACUGGAAGCGAAAGAUGAAAAAAAUCAUACAAAAGGAAAACCUUAACACUAUGCGAUACAUGCAACAUAGCUAACUAGUCUGUCGUUUAUACUCUCUCACACUGACAUACACCUACACACACCUAACCUUUUACUAAUGUUCUAAAAAUCUAAGCGAACUGCAACUGAACUACACUAGCAAUGGCAUGGCAAUGAGCUCCAUCCCAUUCUCCGUCUCAAGAAAGCCCUCCCUCUUUACUCCCCAAUUUCGUGCGCACCAAGAUACUCCAUCCAUCUUUGAAACGAACGUGUUAGGCACACUGCUCUGCCCAUAAUAAGUGUUCAUCCACUCUUUGACUGGGAACGCUACAAUGCAGACGUUGUUGAAUAUAGCAUUUACAAAAGAUGUACCGAAUGUAGAUCUUCGAUACAAACGAGCGAGUCACGUGCGUUGUGUGUUUUUAUGUUUAUACUCAUCAAUAAGAUGAACUAUUGCGCGUGGAGAGUUGUUCGAGAUAGAGUCAUGAGCACAGGAAUAGACAUGCGGUCAAGUGUGUGAGAAAAUAAAAUGGUAGAAAUUCAUUAGAUAGGAUCAAAUUGUAGUACCGACUCCAGUGGGCGACUUCGACACGAGCAAGAACUGUCUAGCUCGGCCAAAACUCAUCCAGCACAAUCAAGCUCACCAUGUCAAAUCGGCGCGGCUUUCCCCAAACGACGUCAACGUAAACGGAACGUCAUCGUAUCUGUUCUUACCUUCUACUCUCAUUUGUUGCUGUUGCUCGCAAUACGUCAAUCAAUUUGCGAAACGCAAGCUCCUAACAAAGUGACAUCUUUUCCCCAUUUUUAAAGCUCUACGACGAGAGCUGUCAAAAAUCCUCCGGCAUAGCAGAGCAGAUCGAGUAGAAUGGCUGGGUCAUGCUACGCUUUAACCUUUUUGCCUAAGGUUGGUGAACCGUUCGUUUUUACUUCCCACUCGCUUGCACACUCUGACAUGCGGAAAAGGGAGGGUGACGUUGUUACAGCAGUCAUCAAUGAACCGACACACGAUUUCGUUAUCGAUUGGCGUUUGAUUUUCAUCUGCCGGUGGAGUCUCGUGAGAUCAUUUGCUACACCUGCGACACGGUUCGGUGAUAGUGUCCGUAUCCGAGCUGCUCCUUCGAAGUGAUUUCCCUAGUCGAAACGGCACACAUGUGGUGGAUGUGUUAUUAUCACUGUCUCUCCCUGCCAUCUUUGGAUGUUGGAAUGGGUUUCAAUACGAAUCGGUUCGAGUCGGGUACUAACCAUCCUUCAAAUCACUUUCGCUAGGGAUGUGCUGGGAUUCGUACCAAGUGAUGAUGCUUAUUUUCUUGGUUUUCUUUCCGCAUUUUUGUGGAACAUAAAAAAAAGCAAAUAUCUAAGAUUUCAACCUAUUGGACCUUGGUGGCUCCAUCGCUCCGCAGCAAGGCUAGCUGAUUAAACUUUAAAGAGCGUCCUCAACGUCCUGUAGCUACUGCUGCCUGCUGCUGAUAGGGUACAACCGGAAGAAGCUGCCUUUCCAGAAGAAACGAUGCAGUCAACUAAAGUUUCUUAUUGGAAAAUCGGUCCCACAUACAUAAUGUGAUUGUGUAUGUGUGUAUGUGUGCGGUCCUUAACGACAAACAAAAACGGUACACCAGAAGCGGCCAUCAUGUUUGCGCUCAGGACCGCCAUCGACUGCCAAAGCUUUCCUCAUCUUGAGCCAGAUUUCAUUGAAUUUUCCACCAACUGCACCAUCUUACCUCGCCGGUUCUGCUUGCCCUUCGAUUUUCCCUUUACUACGGACCAUGAUUUCGGAUUUUAGACCGAUCGGAUCGGAUCGGUAGUCAGCGAACUGGAUGCGAUGUUCAACUUCGCCGAACUGCCCUACAUCCGGGAAAGCACGGGGAAACAACGAGCACGCGGAGCGCACUGCACCGUAAAAGGAAGCUCUUUCGGAAGCGGAAGCAUCUUGUUGAAAACUAAUAAAUAUUUGAAGCAACGUUUUGCUCAGGUUUCGGUGUCCGCUCCGAACGUGGAGCGGUAUGUUUGAAGUUUUCGUCGGCGAGGCACGGGAACGAUGGAGCGAUGCUUUAAUAUUUAACAACUGCAGCUCAGCGCUUCGUUCGUAGCGGAAUUCGGUCACUGGCUGGCUGGACCGGCGGACAGCGAGCUAAUCAAUAUAGAUGUGUGUUUGAGCUUAGCGAUAUGAUGUGGAAAAUGUCUAAUGACACACGAUGUGCAGAAGAAGCGCGAAGCGCACGAGUAAUGUAUAAAAAAGCAAUGCAUUUUCACUUUUUAUUCGUUUUUUAUUCGCCUCUCCUGUACAAAUUCUACGUCAACGACAUAUCUUCCAGAUGUACAAUAUAUGGCAAAAACAUACGUUUUUCUCAUGCUACCAUUGGUUCACGAUAUUUUGGUGUGAUAGUAAUAUCGCCGUGACCAGAGUUUUCCAAACAAGCAUUUCUUCGAUAAAAAAUCCACCCCGGGAACGGAUCACAUCUUGUAAAUGGAGCAUGGCGCAUGGAGCUACUUUUUAUACAGUUUUCCCUCAUCAAAACCCGCUCCUCAGCCAAUUUAUCGGCUUCGAUACUUUUGCAGGAUCAGGAGGGCAACUAUCGAAAAUUGGAACUCAGGUUCAGUGGCAGGGCGUGUGAUGCAACCCCUCAAACUCAAUCAUCCUCCCCAACGUCCCCCGUUCGGAACGUUUCGGAUGAAAAGUUGGCAAACAUAUGUUGGCAAUAAUUGGCUUCCCGAUCCCGGUCAGUCGUAAAUAAUUGGCUUCCCCGGGAAAGGGAACACCCAUUCCCAUUCUAAGCCCGAUCACAUGGCGUAAUGGCGGGUCGGGCGCUUGUUGUGCCUGCCAACGAGCCUACCAGCCCGGAUUGUACGCCAUCUUUAUGGCAUCUAUAGCCGGGGCGCGAGAUUGUGCUGGAGAGUUUUUCGAAUUUGGCAAUGCGCGAACAAACGCAAUAGAAAGGAUAAACAUAGAAAAAAAACAGCACACACAAAAAGUAAACAACAUGAAAUUGUGGAAAACCAUGUCCUGGAAAACCAAUUGACUCCGGACAGCUUUUGACCGUUGCAACAAACUCACAAACCCAUUGAAUACCGAUGGGUCAGUGUGAAGACAACCGUACGUCAUUGUGGAAUUGUAUAAAAUAGUAAUUAAGCUACGAGAUGGAAGGUAUGGUGCAGCGGAGCUUUAGGUUUUGUUUGCUGACGGCUGAUAACACCGAUCGAUGCAAUGCAAAAGUACACAACAUUGUUCUGAGCUGCUUCCAGCUGCACACUACCUACAUUCCCUACAUUUACCGCACAGAGAGGUAAAUGUGUAUUGUAAAACAACAUCCCCAAACUCCGCCCGAAAACACGCAGUUGUUUUGACACAAAUAGAUAAAAAUGAAGAGAAAUAAAAUAACGGACAGAGAGGAAAAAGUCAGAAUAACCGAAAGAACAAAUGGAAAUAAUUUUUAUAGUAUACAAAUCGAUGUACAUAGCCUUGAAUAGUAAGGUAACUCACAAGUAGUAACGACAAUGCAAUAAUUGGGAGUUAUUACAUGCAGAUGAAGUAAGGAUAAAUGUGUAACCGUGUGUAGAACAGAAAAGUGAGGGAAUAAAACACAUACACCACACACACACAUAUAACAAGUCCAAACCGAUGCCAAACAGAGUUGAAAAGAUGGAAGAGAAAACAACAUAAAAGAACGAUGGAGCAAAAUAUGUGGAGAAAAUGAUUAUACAUUAAGCGAAUUAACAAAACAAUAAAUAAACAGUGAAUAACAGA